AUGUCGCUGUUCACCCCCUCAUUGUCGAUACAGCACUGGCUCGGCAAGGUCAGCACAUCUAAGCAUUCAACUAGCCAUCACGAGUGGAGUAUCUGGGAACGUGACGAGAAGACCGACUGUGUUUCCAGUCGCAAGCGAUUGAGGGCUAGGGCCAAACGUGCAAAUUCCUGUUCCGUACUGUCGCCCUCCCAAAACAUGCAAAGGCUGCUAUUGCGCGUCCAGGAAUACAGUCGUUGCGUUAUGGCACCAGUGGAAACGAAUAGAAGUGAAAGGCAUCAGUCCAAAGGGUCUCUCGAGUCUCUCCUAAAAGGCCAUGUCUACCUCGAAGAGCUACCGCCAGAUAUCGAACCUAUCAAAGGGUUAUUGGAGAAAUACAGUGGCGUUCGCGCUAGGGAAGUCGACAGGCUUAUUUACGACAUUCGAGAACGUUUAUGGGAGAUAUACCCCUUCGCCUGCGUCGGCCACUUCCGUUUUCUCUCUCUCAAGUUUACAUUAGAUCCACCAUACCAAAUAGCGCUGAACCGUCUCCUCGCGCCUAGAUCCAAGGCCACUUUCCUCGACGUUGGCUGUUGCGUGGGACAAGUACUACGACAGCUUGCGUAUGAUGGCGUCGACUCCUCGCGGCUGUACGGAACCGAUAUAGAGCCUCGAUUUCUGGAAGCAGGUUAUGACUUAUUCAGAGACCGGGGCAGGUUCAAGGCUACGUUUGUAAUUGGGGAUAUGCUGAGCCAAGGCGAUUCGGGUAGUAACUACGGGGGGCUGAAUAGGCUCCAUGGGAGGAUGAACAUCAUUCACGCCACGAGUUUUUUUCAUCUAUUCUCAUGGGAGAAUCAAAUUCUUGCCGCCCAACGCAUGGUCCGAUUCCUCGACCCUUCCGAUCCGGACGUCAUGAUUUUCGGGCGUCAUGUUGGGACGACGACCCCUGGCGACAGAAACAGCGCAAAGGCAUUCCUUCACAACUCUGCUAGCUGGCAAGAGUUGUGGGAUGAGGUCGGUAAGAUGACUGGGACUAAAUGGCGUACCGAAAUAGACGACAUACAGGAACCUGAGAUGCAUGCGGAGGGUGGUAGCAUGGACGAGACUCUUCGGCGCAUACGAUUCGGCGUUUUCCGGGCUUGA